CUUUUGUACUUAUCUGAAUGUACCCUUGGUUAAAGGUGGAUACAUUGAAUCUGGACAUAUGUUAUGUUCUCUUUUGGAGGCCAUAAAGAUUCGACAUCUGCAACUGUCAAACGACCACAACCAGAAGAAAAGAAUAAGCCAACAGCGAAGAAAUCACGAAUGUAUCUGGACAUAUGUUAUGUUUUCUUUUGGAGGCUAUAAAGAUUCGAGAUCUGCAACUGGCAAACGACCACAACCAAAAGAAAAGAAUAAGCCAACAGCGAAGAAAUCACGAAUGGAUCGAGCAGACGCAGGAGAGGAGCUAAGAAGGAGGAACGUGGAGCUGGAGAGAGCGCUGAAGGAGAGCAAGGAGAGGGAGGAUCAGAUGAGGGCCAAGCUUGAAAGAGCCUGUGAGAGGCUACGGGUGGCCGAGGAUGCUGAGGAGAGGCUCUGCUCCCAGCUUGCGGAGCUCGAGGCAGAGGCCGUCCUACAGGCCCGUGCAUAUCAGGCUCACAUACUCUCUCUCUUGGGUCAGCUUUCUCAGUCCCCUCGCAAUUGCACAAAGGAUCUUCCUCCAUCAAUUCCAACUCUGAAGGAGUUCGCUUGAAUUUUUGGGUUUUCUCUAUGGAGUACUGUAUUUGAUUUUAGAAUGGAUCUUGUUGUCUGUACAAAAAUACUUUCAUUAUCUUAUUUAACUGAUUGUUCAUCCUCCAAGGAUUUCUGUUCCCAUCUGAAUUCCAAGUAAUGGCGAUCGCCGCCGAAUCUGAUUCAAUCGCCGGUUACUUUAACCUCA